AUGGAACAGCCACUUUUACCCCCACCAGGACCUGACAGCCUUCGCCUGUUCACUAGAGAAUCUCUUGCAGCUAUCGAAAAGCGCAUUGCAGAAGAAAAAGCUAAGAAACCAGCAAAGGAUCGUAGAGAUGAUGACGAUGAAAAUGGGCCCAAGCCAAAUUCGGACUUGGAAGCAGGCAAAUCCUUGCCUUUUAUAUAUGGAGACAUACCUUCAGGAAUGGUGUCCGAACCAAUGGAGGACAUUGACCCGUAUUACAGUAACAAACAGACCUUUAUAGUAUUGAACAGAGGGAAGGCAAUCUUCCGCUUCAGUGCCACGUCUGCCUUGUACAUUUUAACUCCCUUCAACCCUAUUAGAAGAUAUUCAAUAAAGAUUUUGGUACAUUCAUUAUUCAGCAUGCUCAUAAUGUGCACUAUUUUGACCAACUGCGUAUUCAUGACCAUGAGUAGUCCCCCGGAGUGGACCAAGAAUGUAGAAUAUACCUUCACUGGGAUUUAUACCUUUGAAUCGCUAGUAAAAAUUCUGGCGCGAGGAUUUUGCUUAGAAGGUUUCACUUUUCUGCGGGACCCAUGGAACUGGCUCGACUUCAGCGUCAUUGUCAUGGCGUAUGUAACAGAAUUUGUAAACCUAGGCAAUGUUUCAGCUCUUCGAACUUUCAGAGUAUUAAGAGCUUUGAAAACUAUUUCUGUAAUCCCAGGCCUAAAGACCAUUGUGGGGGCCCUGAUUCAGUCUGUGAAGAAGCUUUCAGAUGUAAUGAUCCUCACAGUGUUUUGUCUGAGUGUGUUUGCACUAAUAGGACUGCAACUUUUUAUGGGACACUUAAGAAAUAAGUGUGUUAGGUGGCCCCCAGAUUAUGAAGCAAAUAUUACCUCUUACUUUAAUGCUACUGCUGGCAUGAAUGGCUCCUAUAUAAACUUAACUGCAAACCCAUUUGACAAAGAAGAAUACAUUUUAAAUGAAAGAAAUUAUUACUUUUUUCCUGGGCAGAGGGACGCCCUUCUUUGUGGAAACAGUACAGAUGCUGGCCAAUGUCCAAAGGGGUUUGUAUGUUUGAAAACUGGUAGGAACCCAAACUAUGGCUACACAAGCUUUGAUACCUUCAGCUGGGCCUUCCUGUCUCUAUUUCGACUAAUGACGCAGGACUACUGGGAGAAUCUUUACCAACUGACCCUACGAGCUUCCGGGAAAACCUACAUGAUCUUCUUCGUAUUGGUGAUCUUCUUGGGCUCCUUCUAUUUGGUGAACUUGAUCCUGGCCGUAGUUGCCAUGGCUUAUGAAGAGCAGAACCAGGCCACUCUAGAAGAAGCUGAGCAGAAGGAAGCAGAAUUUCAGCAGAUGAUAGAGCAGCUGAGAAAACAUCAGGAAGACAUACAGGCAGCAGCAGUAGCAGCUCAAGAGGCAGCCCUCGGCUCCAGAGAGUUUAGUGGUGGAACAGGUUAUGGUGGACUCUCCGAGAGUUCAUCCGAAGCGUCAAAGUUAAGUUCAAAAAGUACCAGGUUAAGCUCAAAAAGUGCCAAGGAAAGAAGAAACAGAAGAAAGAAACGGCAUCAAAAAGAGAAAGGGGACGGAGACGAGAAAUGUGACGAUGAAAAGUUUCAUAAAUCCACAUCAGAAAGCAACCUGAAAAAGUUCCUCUAUGAUGGAAUUAGAUUGACGAAGACCUCAUCACCCCAUGAGUCUCUGCUGGAUGUCCGCAAUGAUGUCACACCAAGGCGCAACAGCAGGACCAGCAUGUUCAGCAUGUUCCUAGGCCGUGGGAAAGAUGUGGCAUCAGAAAACGACUUUGCAGAUGAUGAACACAGCACAUUUGAGGACAAUGAGAGUAGACGAGGAUCCUUGUUUGUACCUCACAGACAAAGACGAGGAAGUAACUUCAGUCAAGCUAGCAAGGCUUCCAGAACCCUACCAGUCGUUCCAGUGAAUGGCAAGAUGCACAGCACCGUGGACUGCAAUGGAGUGGUCUCCCUGUUCGGUGGUCCAUCUGCUCCAACAUCGCCUGCUGGACUACUACUGCCAGAGGUGAUAAUAGAUAAACCAGCUUCUGAUGACAAUGGUACAAACACAGAUAAUGAUUUUAGGAAAAGAAGAUUAAGCUCAUAUCAUGUUUCCAUGGACUUGUUGGAAGAUCCUAUAUUGAGACAACGGGCUCUGAGUAUAGCCAGUAAUCUCACCAACACAAUGGAAGAGUUGGAGGAAUCCAGACAAAAAUGCCCACCAUGUUGGAACAAAUUUGCCAACACAUAUUUGAUCUGGGACUGCUGUGACGUAUGGCUGAAAAUAAAGAAUGUACUCAAUAUAAUAGUCAUGGACCCAUUUGUUGACCUCACAAUUACGAUCUGCAUUGUUUUAAAUACAUUAUUUAUGGCAAUGGAACAUUAUCCCAUAACUGAUGAAUUUAAUAGGGUGCUCAAUGUUGGAAAUUUGGUCUUCACGGGUAUUUUUACAGCAGAGAUGAUAUUUAAGUUGAUCGCCCUUGAUCCGUAUUAUUAUUUCCAAGUCGGAUGGAACAUAUUUGAUAGUAUUAUAGUCAGUCUCAGUUUGAUGGAACUCGGCCUUUCGAAUGUGGAAGGGUUGUCCGUUCUCAGAUCAUUCAGAUUGCUUCGUGUCUUCAAAUUAGCAAAAUCGUGGCCUACCCUCAACAUGCUGAUCAAGAUCAUCGGUAACUCGGUGGGAGCUUUGGGAAACCUGACCUUGGUGUUGGCCAUCAUAGUGUUCAUCUUUGCCGUGGUCGGUAUGCAGCUGUUUGGUAAAAGCUACAAGGAAUGUGUCUGUAAGAUUGCACCUUCUUGUACCCUUCCUCGUUGGCACAUGAAUGACUUCUUCCACUCCUUCCUGAUUGUCUUCCGAGUGCUAUGUGGAGAAUGGAUCGAGACCAUGUGGGACUGUAUGGAGGUGGCAGGACAAUCUAUGUGUUUAACAGUGUUCAUGAUGGUGAUGGUUAUCGGAAAUUUAGUGGUGUUAAACCUGUUCUUAGCUUUGCUGCUGAGCUCAUUUAGUUCUGACAAUCUUUCUGCCACAGACGAGGAUAAUGAAAUGAAUAAUCUACAAAUUGCCGUGGCCAGAAUGCACAUUGGGAUAGCUCACGUGAAGAAGAGCGCACGGGAGUUUAUCCAGAACGCAUUUGUCAAGAAGAAGAAAGAAUUAGAGGAAAAUAAACCUCUGGAAGACAUGCAAAACCAGAAAGACAGCUGCAUAUCCAACCACACCACUGUGGAACUCGGCAAAGAGUUUGAGUACCUGAAAGAUGGGAAUGGGACUACUGCCACAAGUGGAAUCGGUAGCAGUGUUGAAAAAUACAUAAUUGAUGAAAGUGAUUACAUGUCUUUUAUACAUAACCCCAGUCUCACCGUCACCGUACCUAUUGCUGUUGGAGAAUCUGAUUUUGAAAAUCUAAAUACAGAGGAAUUUAGCAGUGAGUCCGAUCUUGAUGAGAGCAAAGAGAAAUUGACCCUAUCAAGCUCGUCAGAAGGCAGCACUGUUGACAUAGGACCAGCAGGGGAAGGAGAACCCGUAGCUUUAGUAGAACAGGAGGAAGUCAUGGAACCAGAGGCUUGCUUUACAGAAGGGUGUAUAAGAAGGUUCCCAGUGUGUGAUGUCAGUACAUUAGAAGGUAAAGGAAAGCACUGGUGGAAUCUCAGGAAAACAUGUUUCCGGAUUGUCGAGCACAACUGGUUUGAGACUUUCAUUAUCUUCAUGAUUUUACUUAGCAGCGGGGCUCUGGCUUUUGAAGACAUUUACAUUGAACAGCGGAAAACAAUUAAGACAAUGCUGGAAUAUGCUGAUAAAGUGUUCACAUACAUCUUUAUUCUGGAGAUGCUUCUGAAAUGGGUGGCCUAUGGGUUUGCCAAAUAUUUCACUAAUGCCUGGUGCUGGCUGGACUUCUUGAUUGUUGAUGUAUCUUUGGUUAGCUUAAUAGCUAAUGCCUUGGGCUACUCAGAAUUAGGGGCUAUUAAGUCCCUUAGGACACUAAGGGCAUUGAGACCUCUGAGGGCCUUGUCACGGUUUGAAGGGAUGAGGGUGGUUGUUAAUGCCCUUAUAGGCGCAAUUCCUUCCAUCAUGAACGUCCUGCUGGUUUGUCUAAUUUUUUGGCUAAUUUUCAGCAUUAUGGGAGUGAACAUGUUUUCCGGAAAAUAUGGCUACUGUAUCAAUGUCACUACAGACGAAUACUUUUCAAUUGACAUAGUUAAUAAUAAAACAGAUUGUUUGACACUUAUAGCCCAAAAUGAGUCUGCGAGAUGGAAAAAUGUCAAAGUGAACUUUGACAAUGUUGGCUUUGGUUACCUGUCAUUGCUUCAAGUGGCAACAUUUAAAGGGUGGAUGGACAUUAUGUAUGCUGCGGUUGAUUCACGAAAGGUACAGGAACAACCAAAGUACGAAGACAAUCUGUACAUGUAUCUUUACUUUGUUAUUUUUAUCAUCUUUGGAUCCUUCUUCACACUCAACCUCUUUAUUGGUGUCAUCAUUGAUAAUUUUAAUCAACAGAAAAAGAAGAUUGGAGGUCAGGAUAUCUUCAUGACAGAGGAACAAAAGAAAUAUUAUAAUGCAAUGAAAAAGCUAGGAUCAAAAAAACCACAAAAGCCUGUUCCAAGGCCUCAGAACAAGUUUCAAGGUGCAGUCUUCGACUUUGUGUCCAUGCAACCAUUUGACAUCACCAUCAUGGUUCUUAUCUGCUUAAACAUGGUAACGAUGAUGAUUGAAACUGAUGACCAAAGUCAAGAAAAGGAGAACAACCUGUACUGGAUUAAUGCAGUCUUCAUUGUGCUUUUUACUGGAGAAUGUAUACUGAAGCUUGUUUCUCUGAGGCAUUAUUACUUCACAAUGGGGUGGAACAUAUUUGAUUUUGUGGUUGUCAUUCUAUCUAUUGUAGGAAUGUUUUUGGCUGAUCUAAUAGAGAAAUAUUUUGUGUCACCCACCCUGUUCAGGGUCAUAAGACUCGCCAGAAUAGGUCGCAUCCUACGUCUUAUUAAAGGAGCAAAGGGAAUUCGUACUUUGCUUUUCGCAUUGAUGAUGUCACUUCCUGCAUUAUUCAAUAUAGGUUUAUUGCUUUUCCUCGUUAUGUUCAUUUAUGCCAUCUUUGGAAUGUCCAACUUUGCUUAUGUGAAGAAAGAAGCUGGAAUUGAUGAUAUGUUCAAUUUCGAAACCUUUGGCAACAGCAUGAUUUGCUUAUUUAUGAUCACAACUUCAGCUGGGUGGGAUGGUCUCUUGGCACCAAUUCUUAACAGUAAAUCGCCAGACUGUGACCCUAAUGCAGAACAUCCCGGGAGUUCUGUCAGAGGUGAUUGUGGUAACCCCUCUGUUGGGAUUUUCUUCUUUGUAAGUUACAUCAUCAUAUCAUUUUUAGUUGUAGUCAACAUGUACAUUGCUGUCAUUUUGGAGAAUUUUGGUGUUGCUACCGAGGAAAGUGCAGAACCUCUAGGGGAGGAUGACUUUGAGAUGUUCUACGAAGUGUGGGAAAAGUUUGAUUCAGAUGCGACACAGUUUAUUCAAUAUAGUAAAUUAACUGACUUUGCGGAUGCACUGGAUCCACCUCUUCGUAUACCAAAACCAAACUAUGUUCAACUUAUUGCAAUGGAUCUGCCCAUGGUAAGCGGUGACAGAAUUCAUUGCCUUGACAUCCUUUUCGCCUUCACAAAGCGUGUGUUGGGUGAAGGAGAUGAAAUGGAUAAUCUCAGACAACCAAUGGAAGAAAGGUUCAUGGCCUCCAACCCUUCCAAAGCCUCUUAUGAACCAAUUACAUCUACAUUACGUAGAAAACAAGAGGAACAGUCUGCCGUUAUUAUCCAACGAGCUUUCCGAUGUUACCUUCUGAAGAAAUCCAUUAAACGUGCUUCCUUUCUGUACAAUCAAGAGAAGGGCAAAGAUGGAGAUAGUCUAAUAACACGAAAAGACAUUUUGAGUGACCGACUAAAUGGAAAUUCCACCACAGAUAAAGUAGACAUCACUCCCUCAACAACCUCUCCCCCAUCCUAUGACAGUGUUACCAAACCAGACAAAGAAAAACACGAAAAAGACAAAAUAGAGAAAGAAGACCGGGGGAAAGACAUCAGGGAGCGUAAAAAGUAAUUUUUAUGUGGCAAACUGUUUACAGCCUGUGAACAUUCUUGAUGUCAGCAGGACUCCUUUCAGAG